AUGACAUCAUUUCCAACUUCCCUUUUCCCGCUGAUUGGCAACUAUCAUCCACUUCAAUAUUUGGCCGGGUCUCUGUUAAUCUUCCUCUUUUGGAGUAAUUCUUCUAACCGUGCGUCUCAUGGAAGCGCGCUUAUGCGGUUCGCGGUUUUUGCUUCCGCAUGCGGGUUUCUCUUAAUUAACCUCUCGGUGAUUCCCAACUUGCUUGGCCAUUUUUUUCCUCUUUGGAGUUUCCCCGCGUAUUGGCUUUCAAAAGCUUGUUUAGCCAGGCACUCGCCCAAGUCCGUCUUCCCUUUUCGUUUCUGCUCUUUUCUCUCCAUUCAGAUCCUCUCCAGCCACAAGCAAGGUACCUGUUCCGUCUGCAGUACGGUAGUGCACAGCCCAGACUUAUCCACCAUUUUCAAAUCCAUCAAGCUCAGCCAAACGCGUUCCUUUCUUCCUCAUGUCUCGCCAAUCCUCUACAGACAACCUGAGUCGUCGGAUCUCAUCCAAUAA